ACAUAUACUCUCUUCCAGAACCACCGAACAUGAGAAGGAAACGCGGCGGCGCCGGCGGUGGUGGUGGCGACGGAGCAAACCGGUCGAGUUUCGAUCGAGAGCUCCGCCGCGAUAUCCUCGAAGACUGGAAGAGCUACGAAACAGUCGAGCAAUUGGUGGAGCACCUCCGCUCCAAAUACCCCCACUACGCCCGUCAGAAGCGGCAGCCCUUCACCAAACGCGUGGACCCGAUUUUCCAGUCCAUAAGCCGGAGAAACGACGCCGUCUAUGAUUCCAACGGCGACGGAGAUACUCCAGUUAAAAAGAAACGGAGGAAAACGGACGACGAGAGGGAAGAGAAACUACAGCGUAUUGAGGCUCAGCACUUGAGGAGCCGGAGCAGAGGCGGCGAUGCUUCGAACAACAACAGCAGCAGCGGCGGCGGCGGCUCGUCUUCAUCUGUGGACUCCGCUGGCUCCUCCGAUGAAGAGGUGUCCACGUCAUCAGCAGAUGCCAUAUUUGGGGAGAAGUUUGAGCCGGAAUUCGACGUGCUGAAGUCGAUGAUGAGGGAGAAUUUGCGUAAGAAAACGAAGAAAUUGGGGGUGAAGAAUGUGACAGAGGUUAAGGAAGAUUUAGAAUUGGAGAUUGUGGAUAACAAGGGUGUGAAGAAUGUGAACUUAGUGAAUGAGGAAGGUAAAUCGGGCAAUACUCCGAGGAAAAUUAGUAAGAAAAAUAGCAAUGGUGAGAUUAGCAAUGAGAUUAAAGGGCCAAUGUUUAAAGAUUUAGGGGGAAUGUGUAGAGUGAUUGAGGAAUUAAAGAUGGAGGUUAUCGUGCCGUUGUAUCAUCCACAUCUGCCACGCCGCCUCGGAGUCAAACCUAUGGCGGGGAUUUUAUUGCACGGGCCACCAGGUUGUGGGAAGACAAAGUUGGCUCAUGCCAUUGCUAACGAGACCGGAAUUCCAUUUUACAAAAUUUCCGCGACUGAAUUGGUUUCUGGAGUUUCAGGUGCAUCAGAAGAAAAUAUUCGAGACUUGUUCUCAAAAGCAUACAGGACAGCACCAUCUAUCGUCUUCAUCGAUGAAAUUGAUGCAAUUGCUUCAAAAAGGGAAAAUCUGCAGAGGGAAAUGGAGCGGCGCAUUGUGACACAGUUGAUGACAUGCAUGGACGAAUCAAACAGGCUUGUAAAACCUGUUGACAACGAUGCAGAUUCUGAAAAUUCUGGUUCCAGACCUGGCUACGUGCUUGUAAUUGGAGCAACUAACAGACCCGAUGCUGUUGACUCUGCCUUAAGGAGGCCUGGAAGAUUUGAUCGUGAAAUUGUUUUAGGUGUUCCAGACGAAAGUGCUCGGAUUGAAAUACUGUCUGUGCUGACUCACAACCUUAAAGUUGAAGGUGCUUUUGAUCUUGGGAAAAUAGCUAGGGCUACUCCGGGGUUUGUUGGAGCAGAUUUGGCAGCACUAGCCAACAAGGCUGGUAACCUUGCGAUGAAGAGAAUCAUAGACGAGAGAAAGGCUGAGUUUUUCAAAGAAUCUACAAGCAGGGACGGUAGUGAAGAUUGGUGGAGGCAACCAUGGUCAGACGAAGAAAUGGAGAAACUCAGCAUUACCAUGAAUGACUUUGAGGAAGCUGCUAAAAUGGUUCAACCUUCUUCUAGAAGGGAAGGAUUUUCUGCUAUACCAACUGAGAAAUGGGAUGAUGUUGGAGGUCUUAGUUUGCUCAGACAGGAGUUUGACAGCUAUAUAGUUAGACGUGUAAAGUUUCCUGAAGAGUAUGAGGAAUUUGGGGUGAAUUUGGAGACGGGAUUUUUACUUUAUGGGCCUCCAGGCUGCGGAAAGACAUUGAUUGCCAAAGCUGUUGCUAAUGAAGCGGGAGCUAAUUUUAUACAUAUCAAGGGCCCUGAGCUUCUGAACAAAUAUGUCGGUGAAAGUGAGUUGGCAGUGCGGACAAUAUUCAAUCGUGCUAGAACAUGUUCUCCAUGCAUCCUUUUCUUCGAUGAGGUGGAUGCAUUGACAACAAAGCGUGGUACAGAAGGGGGUUGGGUUGUUGAGCGGCUCUUGAACCAGCUUCUAAUAGAGCUAGACGGUGCAGAACAUAGACGGGGUGUUUAUGUGAUUGGCGCUACAAAUAGGCCCGAAGUCAUGGACCGGGCUUUGCUUCGGCCCGGAAGAUUUGGGAAGCUUAUGUAUGUUCCUCUCCCUACUCCAGAUGAAAGAGGAAUGAUUUUGAAAGCUCAUGCUCGGAAAAUGCCCAUAGAUGCCAAUGUGGACCUGAUAGCUCUUGGCAAAGACAGUGCGUGUGAAAAAUCUAGUGGCGCUGAUCUCAAAGCUCUGGUAAAUUCUCUAUCUUUUUGCCUUCGAUAUGGUGUAGCUAUUUAUUGUGCACAACAGUUACAGAUUCUAUGA